CGGCUGCAUUUACUCCACCAAAAUGGGCGGGAAAACCUUCGGCUGGAUUACAUUUGGACGUAACGAAGAAUGGUAGCGUUGUUGAGGUACUUUUAUGCAGUAACACGAACAUGCUGUCAUCUUAGGGUUAGACCCCACUAUGCCAAGUGCCAAGCAGAAGCUGAUUAUUGAUCAAAAACCUUUCUAUCUGUUUGGACGAAAUAAAGAUUCCUGUGAUUUUCCACUCGAUCACACCUCAUGUUCAAGGGUUCAUUCUGCUUUAGUCUUUCAUAAACAUUUAAACAGACCAUUCCUUAUUGAUCUAAAAAGCACUCAUGGAACAUUCAUUGGCCAUAUUCGUCUUGAAAGUGACAAGCCAACUCAACUUCCUGUUGAAAGUGUCAUUCACUUUGGCGCAUCAACACGGACGUACACGUUACGAGAAAAACCGACAUUACCAAGCGCUAUGCAAGCGACAAUGCAUGGUAAUAGUGAACAAAAUGUGGAUAAAGAGGAUAAUGAGGAUAAUGAAGGUUCAACUGGGGGAUUUUUAGGAUUGCCGGAGUCCGAUACAGAUCUUAAGGAUUUGACAGAUUUUAACACGGCGCAUAAUAAAAGACUAUCGUCUAUUGCAAUUGAAGAAUCCGGAACUGCGCUGCCAAAAUUAAAGAGACGACGUGUUUCCACUGGUAUAUCAUUUAAAGAUGGUUAUGAAAUCAUAAAUCCAGAAGACGUUGAUCCCUCAGUUGGUAAAUUUCGUAAUAUGAUUCAAACGAGUAUUGUGCAGGUUAAGGAACCAAGGCAUGCAUCAAAAAUUGGCAGUAUGACAGAAAGUAUCACAAAGAGAAUGAACAGUUUCGCUUAUAAGGAAGAAUUAUACACAGACCUUCCAGCUCUUGACGGCCAUGAACAUGAUACCACGUUACAUUCAGUACAGAGUGGAAGUAGAGUAACGGCUGCACCGGACGUUGAGGGACCCGAGUAUACUGAUGUUGAUAGAACUGUACAUGAAAACACGUUUGCACCGUCUAUGCCGCAAGAGGCGCCGAAGAAGAAAUACGCAAAGGAGGCCUGGCCUGGCAAAAAACACGGCUCGUCGCUUUUGAUGUGAAAUGGACCCUAAAAUUAUCGCUGGCAAAUCGAUAUUUGCGGAUACUCUCAUAAAUGCGUGCAAUUCCCAAAUGCAUACCAAGCCAAUGUGCUCCGUCUACCAACCUUUGUAUAUUACAACUUUCCAUGGUCAUAUUGUAUAGAGCGUUACGCCACAUUUCGCCGUUUACGCGUUAGUAAACCCCUGGAAACUGUAUCUUGGCAGCAUCGUGGCCAAUCGUCAUACGCAUGCGCGAUGUAACAUUAGUCACGCACAGUGAACCCUAAUAAAACUGGAAUGAUAACUCCACAAUAAUGUCCAGUCAAUGGAUGAAGCCGAUUUGAAUAUAAUAUGCCGGUUAAGGCGGGAGCCGCCCGAGCAAAACACGCUUUCAAAAGACGCAACGAAUUUACCCUUUCUAGAUAGAAUAAAGUAAUCUGCAUCAUCUAACUGGGAAAACGGGCGAGGUACCAGCGUUUUACUUGAAAUAUUUAAAAAAUUUGAAAAAAAACUUCGCCUUCAUGACAUUCGUUUGCACCAUUUCACAUUCAUAAAACUUGUUUUUUGGUUAAAUCAAAAAACAAGUUUUGAGUCAAUGCUUAAGCUUUUAUUCAUGCUGAGAUGAGAUGGGCUUCAGCGUUGUUUUGGUCUUGUAAUCUCAACUCUUCGCCUUCAUUGCGGCCUUCUUACUAUUUGGCUUCAAAGAUGGCGGCCAAGUUGUCGUUCCAGUCUUUAGAGUUCACUGAACUCGCAUGCCCUGGCGUUUGACUGCAUUUUUUUAACUGGAUAGCUAAAUUGACGUGCAAUGCCAGUCCCUUUCUCGUUUUUUCGGCUGCGCAGCUUGCAAAGAAUGUUCAGGUUUUUGAACUGUUAUAUAUACGAGAUUUUAUGAGAUCAUACUCUAGCUUGUUAAGGUGGUGUUAUACAAGAAAAUUAUUUUACUUCAAAAAGUAUAAGAAUCUUUUCAUGCUAUAUUGCAAGCCAAGUUGUUUUGAAAAAAAGACUUGUAAGUGUUUUCAAUCACUAUAGUUACCCAGACCAGACACACUCAAUUGUGGAAAAUUGUCGAUUUUUGUAAACACGAUAACAAACUAGGUUUUAACUCUAGAACGACGGAAUUAGUUUUAUUUAGUCCUAAAUAUUUUUGCCUCGGAGCUGAACUAGAAUAAAUAAAUCUUUUCCAGUAUUAAACGUUUUACAGGAUAUAAAUAUAAAAUUUCUACGAUCUGUCUCAAAAUAAACCCUCGUUAUUUUACUUUGAACGAAAUACAACACUUUUAGGUUCACGCGUCCAAGCCAAUUGCCUUUAAAGUCUACCAUAAAAAUUUUAUCAAGAUAGCUUUACUACUUUGAGUUAUCUUCUCCCAAAAUAAGGCGAAUGAGAACGAUUAAGAAGACAUUUAAGUUUGCACUCUUGAAAUUUUAAAAACAGAAUAAAUCGUGAUUUUUGUGUAUACGACCACCUUAAGUAAUACUCUUCCCCCGGAAAUAUCUUCCGCUAUCUUGGCUUAAUGAAAUCUUAAUUCUUAAAUAUCUUUUUCGUAAUAAUUUAUUAUAGUUAGUUUAUCAGUAGGAAAUUACCUCUCAUAGCUACAAGAUUAUCUCGACAUUA